CUUGACCCUCUGCGACCUCCCACGACCCGAUUUCUGUCCCGAUUUCUCGGUUCCCGUGUGCUUUCGCCCGUGAGACUUUCGCUGGCUCUGCAGAACUUGGUUGCAUCGGGAGUCUGUGUGAUCCCAUUACCUCCGAGUUCUGCAAGUCUGUCAAAUAGGCCACCCAGGUACUCCGCUAGUGUCGAAACGUCGAUUCGAUCCAAGAGUCGCCGACGAUCGCCUUGUGUGCUCUUGAAACCUCGAGAUCUUCCGUAUCCGUCGGUGUGACCGGGGUUGGAAUUGACCGUUGUAGUGUCUUUGCGUCAGAACUCCGGAUCCAACCAAACCUCACCCACCGUUCCGUCUUCGCAUUUUUUCCCUUCCGAGCACCAGCCUCGCGACAACCGCCGACAAGUCCGCACGCCGCACAACCUGGUCCGCUCCACCGCGUGAGAAGUCCUUCGCCAUGUCGUCGGCUGCAAUGUCCAAAAAGAAUAAGGGGAAGAAGGUGGCGGAUCCCAAUGAGACGUCGAAGCUCUUGGCGGCAAAGAUCUCUCAGUUGGAACAAGAUGCCGCCGGAGAGAAGGACCAAGAACAGGAAAUCGAGCGUGAAGUCAAGAAGGCCACUCGAGACUUGAACCAACUUCUCAGCAACAUUGAAUCCCCGAUGACUCGCCUGGAGACUGUUCACAAGAAGUAUACCGAACUUUUGGCGGAUAUGAAAAAGCUGGAUCGCGAUUAUGCCAAGAGCAAAAAGCGGGCAGACCAGUUGCAAAAGGAUCAGGACAAGGGGAAAUCGGAAUUGAGCAAGACCGUUACGAUGAAGGAUAAACUCGAAAAGCUGUGCAGGGAGCUUACCAAAGAAAAUAAAAAAGUCAAGGACGAAAACAAGAAACUAGAAGACACGGAGAAGAAGGCGAGGUUGAUCGUCAACGAGCGCUUAGAUUCACUUUUAAACGGCAUUCAAGAGGUCAUGAACGCCAAAGGUAGUUCACGAAGCGACAAGGUGGACAUCGACUUGGACGAAGCUCUACGUGCGAAGAUCAAGACCAUCGGCGAGAAGUUUGAGAUGCGAGAAGGGCACUAUCGAACGCUCCUCCGCAGCAAAGACUCGGAGAUACAAUGUCUCACCGCCAAGUACGAAGAGCAACGUCGAGCCGCGGAGAACGAAGCCGCCCGUUGUCGCGCCCUCAGUUCCCAGGUCUCUACGUUCUCGCACACCGAGGCGGAGCUGCGCAGUCAACUCAACAUCUAUGUGGAGAAGUUUAAACAGGUGGAGGAUACGCUAAACAACAGCAACGAACUCUUCCUUACUUUCCGCAAAGAGAUGGAGGAGAUGUCGAAGAAGACGAAGCGCUUAGAGAAGGAGAACCUCACGCUCACCCGCAAACACGACCAGACGAAUCGCAAUAUAUUGGAAAUGGCGGAGGAGCGCACAAGGAAUCAUGAAGAACUGGAGAAAUGGCGGAAGAAAAGCCAUCAUCUCGAAGCUCUUUGCCGGCGGAUGCAAGCCCAGGGCCGAGGUCAAGGGCUUGCGGCCGACCUCGACGGCGACGAUGAGGGCACGGAGAGCGAAUACGAUGAGGACUACGAGGAUGAAGAUGAUGACGAGGAGGGCAUCAGCGACGACGAGUACGAGCUUGAAAGCACCGACCGCGACAUCAACGGAGACCGCAGCGUACCGCAACAACCGGAGAAGCCCGUGUUUGGACCGCCUCCUCCGCCGAAUCUGCUGGAGGCGCGGGCCAACGGAAACAAGGCGGUGAUGAAUGGAUGCCAUUAGCAAAAUCCUAUGGUAGAGGAGGGGAUGAGAGGGGAGACAUGGGCUUUUUUCCAAGCCAGACCUGUGGCCAGCAGUCGGGGAAAGGGCCCCGUUCGAUCCGAGGGUGAGCGCACAUACUUUUGUGUACUGAUGCACAUACCAUCUGUCUUUGAGAGAUACGUGUACUGGCAAACAGUUGGGAUAACACUGGAUAUGUUUUGAGUGUGCCUGCCUCUGUUCGCGAUUCCUGGAAAAGAAGUCUUUUGAGUCGGUCGUAUGUGCAUCGCUCUUGUCCAUCAGGUUUUUGCACAUGACAUCAUGGUCUAUUUUUAAUUUGGUUCAAUUCAGUCCUGUACUUGUACAUGUUAGAUCAGCACCCUAAACGUACGUAUCAUGGUUUCAUGAAGAUACAAAAAAAAAAAGUUCACUG